GCCAAAACAGCGGCUGGCUCAUCCCAGAAGUCGCGAGACUGAGCUGGCCUCGCGAGAUCUGGCCGUUCGCCCCUGACGACGGGAGCUCUCUCCGGGGGCUAUGGGAGGGCUCUGGCGUCCCGAAUGGAGGCGCGCUGCUUUCUGUGGCUGGCGCUGGAGCCACCCUGAGUCCCCGAAUUGGGUUGCGGAGAAGGUAGAGCCGUGUCUCAGGGUGGGAAGAAGUGGCCCAGGAAGUACUGAGAGCGGGCUGAGGUGGCUUGGGACUUGGAGGCGUCCGAAUCCGGCCCGGUACUUGGUCCUGCAGCCGCCGCGGCGGCGGAAGGGCACGAACCCUUUCACGCGCGCGCAGGAGGAGGACUGGCGGCGUCGGAACAAGACGGUCCUCACGUACGUGGCCGCGGCAGCCGUGGGCAUGUUGGGGGCAUCCUACGCCGCCGUGCCCCUUUAUCGGCUCUAUUGCCAGACUACUGGUCUUGGAGGAUCAGCGGUAGCAGGUCAUGCAUCAGACCAGAUUGAAAACAUGGUGCCUGUGAAGGAUCGAAUUAUUAAAGUCACCUUUAAUGCAGAUGUGCAUGCAAGUCUCCAGUGGAAUUUUAGACCUCAGCAAACAGAAAUAUAUGUAGUGCCAGGAGAGACUGCACUGGCGUUUUAUAAAGCGAAGAAUCCUACAGACAAACCAGUAAUUGGAAUUUCCACAUACAAUGUUGUGCCAUUUGAAGCUGGACAGUAUUUCAAUAAAAUACAGUGCUUCUGUUUUGAAGAACAAAGGCUCAAUCCACAAGAGGAAGUAGAUAUGCCAGUGUUUUUCUACAUUGAUCCUGAAUUUGCUGAAGAUCCAAGGAUGGUGAAUGUUGAUCUCAUCACUCUUUCUUAUACCUUUUUUGAAGCAAAGGAGGGACAGAAGUUGCCGGUUCCAGGCUAUAAUUGAAGUUAGCACCUAAGUCCUUGAGAUUUGUGAUUUUUGAAAAAUCAUGUAUUUAGUCUUCUCAGGGGAGAAAUGAUUUACAGUAAUGUAAAAGUAUUUUAAAUAUUGCUGUGUUUAUUUUUUCAACCAGUUUACCCUGCUUAAAAUUGAAUGAACAGCUUCGGCUGUCAUAAGGAAUCCACAGGCCCAUUUAGAAUGUAGGACUAUUCAAGAAUAACCAUGGAGUUUGAUAGGUAAUAUUAAAAGAAACCGCUUUGUUUCUUAAAGAAAUAGGCACGGACUUUAUGGUUCAGUUUCUUAGCUCUGUGUACUCGUAGUAGUGAGUACUUUUAUUAUUCCCAGGGUUGUGUUAGGCUCCAGGUCAUAUCUUCUGCCUAUAAAGUUCACAGUGAAAGAGGAAUCACUGAGCCCUAGCCUGCCCAGAGAUUACAUUUUGAUUUCAGAUUUGACACUCCUUUUCCUUUAGGAUCUAGGCCUGUUUUAUAUUCUGCGUACCAACUAAUUAUUUUGAAAUUUCAGCAUCAUGAAAAUGAAAUAAAAUGCAUAAAUAUAUUUAUUAGGGUUCUAGUAUUUCCUGUGACAGUUCAAGUCCCUGGAUGUUAAAAUGUUAAGUGUGGGGUUGUGAAUAAGCGUGAACUUGUUGACAUCAGAAGUUCUAUGUACAGACCCUGUAAAAAAAGAUGUAUUCAACUGUUUUAAUAAUUUUUUAUCAUUGUAAUUUAUGACAUAAACAAAUGCACAAUUUAUUCUGAA